CCAUGCCGGGCCUGUAUGCCCUCUCCAGCUGGGAGGCUCUGCCCCUGAAGAGCUCGACGGUGAAGGCUUGUACCAACGGGUACUCCCUGAGCAUCACUGCUCACCUCGUGUACACCAACCCCCAUGAGGAGCCUGUGGAAGGUAAGGGGGAGCUAUUUGGGCUGGCAGAGAGCCAGGCUGCCUGCCUGGUGCCUGAAAGCGCCUGUGCUGGAGAACAACCUGUCUCCAACCCACUUAUGUCCUGGACCCCAAACCUUGCUCAGUUUGGGGAUUGAAGGUGGUGGCCGGCGGUGUUGGGGACAUCACAGACACCUGCAUCACCCUGUGGACAGGGGAAGAGUAAAAACAUUCCCAGUGCUGAGGAAGAAAGGGAUAUCAUCCUCCCUGCCCUCCUCCGUGCUAAUGAGGCUCUGGGUCCUUUCUGUGUGUUUGCCCCACUCUUGUGCACUUAAAUUGCACAGUUCCUCACGGUGCUGCCAUGGCCGUGUCCAUGCCGGGAUCUGCCUCGGAGCUCUCUCCCACCCACAGGCAUAUUUAUCUACCCUCUGGAGGACUCGGAGGUUGUGGCUGGAUUUGAGGCAGUGGCAGGCAGCCGGCGGGUGACGUUCCAGGUCCAGAACCGGCACCGGGCGCAGGACUGCUGCCUCCAGUGCGGUCCCAGCUCUGGCCGGCCAUGCCGCUGUGCCAGCGUACUUAGUGCAAUUAACACCCACCCUUCCCCUACGUCGCUGACACCCUGCGUCCCUCCCCUGUCCAGGCCACCUUGUCCUGGAUGAAGACACAGAGCGCUCCACCUUCAUCAUCGUCACGGGCGCACUGUGCCCGGCGGAGAGCCUGGCCAUCACUCUGAGCACGGCGCAGGAGAUGGCCACGCUGCCGGAUGGGGCUCUGCGCUUCCUUGUGCCCCCUGUCCUCAUGCCCUGUGUCCCCGCCGUCCCUGAGAGCGAGCCGGCAAGCUUGUGUGACGACAGGUUGGCCCUAUGCCCCACCAGCUGUUUUGGAGGGCCGAGUGCCCGGAGCCAGCCGUCGCCCGCGGUGCCUGCAGAGAACACGGAUGUCUUUCGCAGACAACCUUUCAACCCCUUUCCUUACGAGUUUGCCUUCGAGCUUCUGGUGAAGGGCCCCUGCUUGCUGGCAGGGCUGGAGAGCCCAUCCCACGCCCUGCGAGCCGAUGCCGACCCCUGGGCCAGCUCUGCCACUACCACCUGCGUCACCCUGGCCGAGCCCCACUGCUACGACAGGGUCCUGGAGAUCAUCCUCUACCCCUGCGAGCCCCACCAACCCCACCUGGUGAUGGAGGACGGCAUCAUGACAUACCCCGAGUACGAGGCCCACAUCCGGAGCCGCUGGGAUUACGUGCGAAUCGCCAGGAAGGAUGGCAGCGGCGAGAGACAGGUGGCUUUCGUGCAGAAGCGUUUCCACAAAGACAUCUUCUACAACCCUGUGCUGAUGCUGAACUUCUGCCCGGUGGCGGAGAGUGUCCCUGGGGACCUGCAGAGCACCACCCGCGAGGUCCUCUUCCUCGUUGACCAUGGCAGCACCAUGAGUGGCCCUGACCUCGAUAAGGUCAAGGAGGCUUUGCUGGUGGCCCUGAAGAGCCUCCCCUCAGAGACGCUGUUCAACAUUGCCGGCUUUGGCACCGACAUCAAGCCUCUCUUCCCAUCCAGCCGCCUCUGCAGCAACGAGACGCUGCGGUGUGCCUGCGAGCACCUCAGCGAACUGCAGGCGGACACAGGUGGCACCAACCUGCUGGUGGCCCUCAGCUGGGCACUGUCACAGCCGCUCCGCCAUGGCUACCCCCGCCAGCUCUUCCUCUUCACUGACGCAGCGGUGGGCAACGUGGGCAGGAUCCUCCGGCUCGUACGCAGGCAGGCCAGCACCGUCAGGUGCUUCAGCUUUGGCAUGGGCCUGCGGGUGUGCCGGCGGCUGCUAAAGGGCAUCGCCAAGGUGAGCCGGGGCUGUGCCGAGUUCCUGAGCCCAGCUGAGAGGCUGCAGCCCAAGCUGAUCAAGUCCCUGAAGAAGGCAAUUGAACCAGCUGUCAGCGACAUCACCAUCGACUGGUAUGUCCCUGACAGCAUGGAGGCCCUGCUCUCACCCACCGAGCUCCCGGCCCUCUACCCUGGUGACCACCUCAUCAGCUACUGUGUCCUCUACAACAUCGCCCGCUUCCGUGACAGACGCCCACUGGGCGGGGAUGGUGCUCGGCAGGGCUCCCGGGGCACAGCCUUCCCCUCCCAGGAGAAGGUGCCCAGUCCCAGGGAGAGCCGCCAGCUGGCCCGGAGCACCCUGGGAUCUGGGGAUGCCUGCCUGGAGCUCUCUGCUGGGGGCACAGAGACGUCGGAACAGAGUGUGGACACUGUUUCGGGGGGAGAUAUCUGGAAGCGGAUUUACCAGCCCUCCUACAUCCAGGAACAGUACGUCCUGACACACUGCUCCGUCAGUAACGACUACAGUCGGGGGCUGCUCUCCCGGAGCUCCACCAGCAGCGAGUCCACUGGUUCCCGCGAUGUGGCCCCUGAGGGUGGCUCCUCAGCCCCUGGUGCUGAUGCCACUUCCCAGCAAGGCCAGAAGAGCCUGUCCCUCUGCGAGUCCUCCACCAAAUCUGCCCCGCUGCCCUCUGCACCGACUGGUCCCAAGGUGACAGUGGCCCUGAGCAUGGAGGAGCUGGCGCGGCGGAAGAAGGUGCUGGCCCGUGCUGCCCUGGCCAGCCGCAGCUUUUCCUCACCUCAUGGGGAGCUAGACACUCAUCAGCUGUGCCGGGCAUUGGAGAAAGUGUCACAGAAGAGGAACCGGUCCCUGGAGGGGCAUCUGGAUGAGCUGGGACCCCAGGGACAGCAGCUACAGCCCAGUGCAGUGGAAUCAAAUAACCUCCUGUCACCCACAAACCUGGACUGGGACAUGCUGGUGGAGCCCUCCUACCUCUUCAGUACCUCACCUGUGCCCGAGCAGGGGGAGCCCAGCCUGGGCGAUGCUGGCCUUCCUCUGCGCUGCCAGGUUGUGAUCCAUGCACUGCGAGCCGGCAAGCCCGUAUCCUGGGAAGUGACAGCGUCGCUGGAGUCACUGCUGCAGCCCCGGGAGGGGCGAGGCAGGGAGGAUCCCCCUCGGCGAGUGGGCAAGGCGUGGGACAAGCCACUGCACCGCUUGGCAGCACGCUCCGUCAUCCGGGACAACGAGAACGCAGCACAGCGGGAAGCUGAAUUAGAGCAGGGUUUCGCCCGCCGGUUUCGCCUGAAAGCCGUGCAAACCAGCAAAGCCUGCAAUGUGCCUUCCCUCUACACCCGCCUGGUGCCCGUGGAUGGCACCACGCAGGCAGCCCUGCCCACAGCCCCCGAGGUAUGGGGCACAGCCAGCUUGGCCAGCCGGCCACGAGCUCCCAUGGCACGAAGCCGGCACAACAGGAGUCCCUCAGCGGGUCCAGGCCAGCAGCGGGAUGUGGAGGAGCAGGAUCAGGUCCCCGUAGACGCAGGAGCCCAGGGGGCCUCGGGACUUUGGUCUUUUGCAGAGCGAGCUGAGACCCCUGGCUCUCCAGCCAGUGCCUCCUCCACAACCUACGGAUGGGAAAAGCAGAACUGCUCAAACGGGCCCCCAACUAGCCCCUCCACCACCUCCAUGGGCUCCCAAAAAUCCACGGAGAGCAUUGCUGGCUCCAGGUUUAACCUGAGCAGGCGCAGGGGGCCCAGCCUGGCCCUGCGCCCGCAGUGCCUCAGCCCGGAAAGUGAGAGCUCCAGCAACCACGCCAGCCAUGACUACCUCCCGUUGGUGCAGCUGCAGCAAGCCCGGGGGCCCUUCCAGCUCACAGAGAGCUUCUCUGAAGUGGUGCAGAUCCCCCUGGACCGCCUGCGCCGGGCAUCCCCAUAUGCCUCUCACCGAGCCAGCCUCAGCCCUACAUCCCCAGGAGCCAGGAGCAGUCCUGAGGCAGGGCCUGGUGGUGAGGAGGGCAAGGAGUCCACCGCAUGCCCACAGCCCGGCUCGCCCCCAUCCUGCAGCACUUGUUCUGAGGUCCCCAGCGCAGCCGUAUGGGCACAGGUGGACAGUGGGCACGGCUCUGAGUCCGACACUGGCCCCCACUCAUCCGCCCCCUCUGAGGCUGGUGUGAGUUGGCAGGAUGUGGGGCCAGAGGACCUGGAGAGUGCCAGCUGGGCCACGGCGGUGGCCUUGGCGUGGCUGGAGCAUCGCUGUGCUGGCUUCUUUGAGGAAUGGGAGCUGGUGGCAGCCAAGGCAGAUGCAUGGCUGCAGGCGCAGCAGCUGCCAGAGGGGGUGGACGUGGGCUGCCUCAAAGGGGCGGCCAGGCACUUGUUCCUGCUGCUGCGUCACUGGGACGAGAACAUCAAGCUGAACAUGCUGUGCUACAACCCCAACAACGUCUGAUGGCCGC